GAGGGUUAAAAUCAUCUUUUACGGGUGUGUCAGCCUGUUUUUACCAUCCGCCCGGAGGCCAGGUUCACCAUGCCCUGCUUAACCUGCACCACUUGGAGCACCCUCACACAGGGGAGUCCAUUGCUCGCUGCAUUGAUCAGACAUUAGAUGCAUGGGGUAUAAGAGAAGACAAGGUGCUGCUCAUUGUGACAGAUAACGGCUCCAACAUCGUCAAGGCUGUGCGGCUUCUUAGGGAUAAAAAGCGAGAGCAGAGCCUUGAGUCAGAUGGUGCUGUCUCUCAGGCGCAGCCAAGAGGUGUAGGAGACGAGCAGAAUGAACUGUGGAUGGAGUCGUAGGGGUCAGACGAGGAGGAUGAGGAGGAGACUGAGAUCGGAGGCGUUGAAUUUGACCUGCCAGAAGAUGGGGAGAACAAGUUCCAGAGAAUGCCAUGCCUGGCCCACACCCUUCAGGUCACUCUUAAAGAUGCCAUGAAGCACACAAGUGUUCAUUCAGUCAUGAAAAAAGCAAGAAAACUAGUCCACGGUGUGAGGAAAUCGUCAGCGGCUAAUGAAGAAUUGAUCAAAAGAUGUGGCAAAACUCUGAUCUGGGAUUGUAGCACACGCUGGAACAGCACUUUUGAUAUGAUGAAAAGACUGCUGGAGACCAGAACAGAACUAAACCAACUACUUGAGAAUUUUGGCAUGGACACACUUCUCACAAGCGAUUGGGCUAAGCUAGCGAAACUUGUCAAGGUGCUUGAGCCUUUUGCUGUUCACACAGACCAGCUUCAGAGUGACAGUCAGUCACUCUCACAAGUAGUGCCAUGCCUGCUCAACCUUGAGGCACACUUGCUGAUGACUGCUGUUGGAAAGCAAUUAGCUCAAGUACUGCUGAAGUCCUUGCGAGAAGGUUUUGCUGGCAUUCUUAGCCCUGAUUCCAUACAGUUUGAUGCAACACCAGCAGGUGCCUGCCUAAUGGAUCCAAGUGUUUUGCUGGUUCUUCAAUCACCAGACACUGUGCCAUUGAAGAGGGCAGCACAGUCCUUUGUGCAGAACCUGGCAGCUCAGUAUCACCCAGCUGCUUCUCAGUAUGAUGGUGCUACUGCAAGGGCAACUCAAACUCCAACAGGAGCCCCUCUUGCUGUCCUUCAGAAAUACAGCUUCCUUGCAUCCCGUACAGAGGUCUACGUGUCCUACACAAAUCAGCCUAGUCUGACCGAUAGUCUGUUGAUCGAAAUGGAGAAGUAUUUCUGCGAAGUGAAACAGGGAGUGUUUAAUGAGACACCAUUGCAGUUCUGGAGAUCUAGAGAAGCUGUGUAUCCAAAACUUGCCCCUGUGGCAUUGGAUCUCGUUAGUGCCCCUGCCUCACAAGCCUUUGUGGAGCGCAUCUUGUCUUUGUGUGGACUGCUGUCAUCUGGCCUGAGAAACAGAACAACUACAUCUCUGGAGCAACGCGUUUCUCUCAAGAUCAAUAAGAAAUUAUUGCUUGACUGAAGUAAAACCAUCUCUCUCUUUCUCACCCAUGCACAUUCAUUCACAAACACACACACACACACACACGAGACACACGUUUAUAUUUUAUUUUUAUUUGUCAUGUUCUUUUCUCAGAUUAAGCCCCCUGACAUUCUGACAGAAAUUUCUUGUGUGACUCAAAAAUGAGUUGAAUACAUGCGGUUCAUCAUGUAUGUCUUCUUUAGUCUGUUGGCUAUUUAGUUUUUUUUCUUGGCACACGUCACUUCCACAUUUUGCAUGUAUUGCGGAGUGUAGACUGUUUACAUAUUUGUGCCCAUAUGUACAUUUUAUGUACUGGUUUUAUUGUUGAAUAAAUAUUUUCUAAA